AUGCGAACACAACGUUUGAUCCUUCUCUUGGGGAUUACCCUCCUCGCGUGCUUCUCGCUCGUCCUCCUCCGCUCCGAGCACCCUCGCCGCGAUGUCCCAAUAGAUCUCCCUCCCCCCGAACCGAUCAGACACCCUCAGCUCCAUACAGGCCAGACCUCCUUCCUGCCCGAGAAAGUGCACCCCAUUACGAACCUGGUCGAGAAUGCACAGCAGCGAUUCGACUAUGUGCAUUCUCGCCAAUCGAAAACCCUGGCUGAGGCCGUCCAGGAGUACAAACGUCGCUAUAAGAUGCACCCCCCGCCGCACUUCGACAAAUGGUUCCAGUUCGCCCAGUCCAAGAAUGUGCAGUUGGUGGACGAGUUUGACUCGAUCUACCACUCCCUCUUGCCCUUCUGGGCGCUGAAGCCGCAGACCAUCCGCGAACGCGCCCGAGAGACCAUGGGAUUCGAUAACGCCGUGAUUGGCGUGCUGAUUCGCGAUGGCAAGGUGACGCACGUCGAGGGCGGCGGCGACGGUGGGAAGUGGCAGCGCGAGGCCACAGUAGGCAUGAUGAAGGAUUUCGUGAGGUUUUUGCCGGAUAUGGACUUGGUGUUCAAUACUCACGACGAACCUCGUGUGAUCAUUCCUGGGGAUGACCUCCAGCGACUGGUUCAGAUGGCAACGGACAAUGUCAUCCCUGCCGCGUUCGACAGGAAGACGACGCUGAACGCGUGGUCGCCUCGAGCGGCGGAUUUGAACAAGGGCGACCGCAUUGAUGAGGUGCGCACGACUCGCUUUAACCGCUUUGCCCACCAGCCAACGUGGACCAACUCUCGCGCCUCUUGCCCUGUCGAUAGCCCCGCCAGAUCCCUUGAUGAACAAGCCCCCGACAACAUUGAUCCCUAUGCGUAUGGCGAACUGGGGUUCAUCUACAACACCACGGCCUUCUCCGAUAUAUGCCUCACCCCGUCCCUGCGAUAUACCUACGGAUUUUUCGACCGCCCGAAUGCCUUCGAUGUUGUCCAUGACUUGUUUCCGGUAUUUUCGCAGAGCAAGAUUUCCAGCUUUCAAGACAUUCUUUAUCCCAGCCCCUGGUAUUGGGACAACAAGGUUCCUUACGAUAAACACAAGGAUUUCUCCUGGGAUGACAAGUCUGAUCGGAUGUACUGGCGCGGGUCCACCACCGGUGGCUUCUCUCGUGCUGGAGGCUGGCGCCGACAGCAUCGGCAACAGUUCGUCGACUCUGUCAAUUCCCUGGCACCGAGUCAAAUUCUUACUCGGCAGGAAGACAACUCGUGGAUUUCACAGAAUGUCAGCCGGGAUGCCUUUCGCGAGCACUUUGACGUCAAGUUCUCAUUCAUUGGUCAAUGUGACCCUGAUGACUGCCAUGCCCAGGAACAAUACUUCGAGGUUGUCGAACCUGCCGGACAGCAAGACGCCUGGGCGCACAAAUACUUGGUCGACGUCGAUGGUAAUGCUUUCAGCGGGCGCUUCUACGCCUUUUUACUCAGCAACAGCUUUGUGUACAAGAUUGCUAUGUUCCGCGAAUGGCACGAUGAGUGGCUCAAGCCUUGGGUGCACUAUGUGCCACUCAGCCUGAAAGGUAACGAAUAUGUCGAGAGCAUGCGCUAUUUUGUGUCGGAGGAUGAAGGCAAGAGGACCGCCCCGCGGAUUGCGGCUCAGGGCCAGAAAUGGGCUCAGAAGGUGCUGCGGAAUGGAGACCUCGAGGUCUGGUUCUUCCGUCUUCUCCUGGAGUAA